AUGAGAGGUGAUCAAGUUAGAUUGAACAAUGGCCUGAUAAUGCCGGUGAUUGGAAUGGGAACAUACACUUUUAAAAAUGAUAGGAAAUCCACUGAGCAAGCUGUUCAACUUGCUCUUAAGAUGGGAUAUAGGCACUUCGACACGGCGCGCAUAUACGGCUCGGAGGCGGCCUUAGGGGGCGCGUUGAACGAAGCGAUAGCGAACGGCAUUGUUGAGAGAGAAGAAGUUUUCGUUACUUCGAAAUUGUGGGGAAGCCAUCACCACGAUCCUGUUUCGGCACUCCAAAAAACUCUCAUGAUCAUGGGAAUGGAAUAUAUUGACAUGUACCUAGUGCACUGGCCCGUGAGAUUGAAGGCAUGGGUUUGCGACCCAAUACCUAAAGAAGACGAAUUCGAACCAUUAUGUCUCGAUGUCACAUGGUCCGGCAUGGAGAAAUGCUUGGAGAUGGGCUUGUGCAGGGGCAUUGGUGUAAGCAAUUUCUCUUGCAAAAAGCUCCAAAAUUUGUUGGAUUUCGCAUUUGUACCUCCUGCUAUCAAUCAGGUGGAAAUGCAUCCUAUGUGGAAGCAGAAGAAGCUAAGAGAUUUUUGUCGUGAUCAAAAUAUCCAUGUCAGUGCAUAUUCUCCUCUUGGGGGGCCAGGGAAUCUAUGGGGAUCAACGGUUGUGAUUGAAGAUCCAUUAAUUAAGUCACUGGCUCUCAAACAUAGAGCAACUCCUGCCCAAAUUGCUCUGAGUUGGGGUUUGUCGAAGGAUGUCAGUGUGAUCGUGAAAAGUUUUAAUCAAGAGAGGAUGAGGGAGAAUAAGGGAGCACUCGAUCUCAAGCUGGAAGACGAAGAAAUACUCGAAAUCGACUCAAUGUUUAAAGAGAUGAAGAUCUUGAGAGGGGAAGUAUUUGUCAACCAAUCAACUAGUCCUUACAAAACCCUUCAAGAUUUGUGGGAUUAUGAGAUUUGA